GAGAGAUUCGAUUCAGUUUUAUUUAUAUAGCGCUUUUCACAAUUGUUCAUUGUUCCAAAGCAGCUUUACAUGAAAUAGAAACAAAGAAAAGCAAAAACAACAGAAGCAGGGUCGUUUUUAAAUAUAGUUUAGAAUGGAGUACACGAAGUUACGUGAUAAUAAUCAUAGUGCUUGUGUGGGAGCCGCCUGUUUCCUUUUUUAGAGGUUGUUGCAAUAUUUAGUUUGGAGAGAGUGAAAGGGGACAAAUGUAGAAAUAAAUAUUAUUCCCUCUUAGGCCCUCUUGACCAAGUGACGUUCCAAGUGUGCCGAUGUUUUAAACAGAAUUGGGCAGUUUAACAGUUUCUGUCACUCCUGUUGUCUGCUAUUACAAUUCGGUAUGUGCUGAUUAUGGGAAUUCAACACUGUAAAAUGUUUACUUUGGAAGCAGAAAAUGAAGAAAAUGUUGAUUGCAUGGCUAAUGGGAACAGGAAGGAAGGAGAAACUAAAUUGCCUCUGCUGAAAACAUUAACCUUAAACCUGUUUGCUUGAACCGCCUGUGGAUUUCCCGUCGUAAUGUGACAGCUUGUUAUGGUACGUUAUGUUUUAUCACUCAUUGCAAUUUGGAUGGACAUGAAAACAAAUAUUUCAUAUGAAUCUCUGUGAGUGACAGUGUGCAAGAUGAAUGAAUAGGCUCAGGUAGUACCUUAUUAGUCAUUCACGAAUAACAAGCGCACACACAUUUUCAAAAUGCAUAAGUACCCCCCUCCCUUAACCCCCACAACCAAUCACUGUCUUCUUUUUCGCUCCAUUCCCCAUCUCCCUCUUCUCCCCACCCACUCCGUUCUACUGCGCGAGUUCUCUCUCUCUCUCUCUCUCUCUCUCUCCUCACCCCUCGCAGGCACGCGGUCUGUCAGUGGAGAAGAGGGCUUCAAAAUCCAGCAGUAUAGCUCAAAGUGACCGCCACCCUGGGCUGACACACGACAAAGGGCUGUUUUCUGCGUACUGGAAUUGUUGGAUUCACCAUACAAGGAUUUCUUGCAGGACAAUGUUGUUGAAAACCACGAGCGAGUAAACUCUGAGGUGGAACCAUGUGUUGGACUUAAUUAUAAAUGCUAAACCACUCGGCGCUUCGAGCAACACCGUCUGUGCAAUUACUUCAAGAGAUGACCACUGUGUCAAUAGAGCCUAUAGUGGCGAUGGUGGAGAAGGCUUCCAAUGUUACCGAGAUCCCAGUUGAAGCGUCUACCGAAAAUAUGGCUGCAACCUUCACCAUCGGCACCAUCCUGUCGUUGAUGUGUCUGGUGGGCGUUUCUGGAAACAUCUACACGCUAGUGGUCAUGUGCCACUCGAUGCGCUCGGCUGCCUCCAUGUACAUCUACAUCAUCAACCUGGCACUAGCAGAUCUCCUUUACUUACUCACUAUUCCAUUUGUGGUGUGUACGCAUUUCCUAAAAGGAUGGUACUUUGGCGAUGUUGGGUGUCGAAUUCUUAUUAGUAUGGACUUUCUCACCAUGCAUGCCAGCAUUUUCACGCUUACAGUUAUGAGUACAGAACGUUACUUUGCCGUACUCAAACCUUUGGAUACAGUGAAACGCUCCAAAAGCUACCGAAAGGCGAUUGCGCUGCUGGUAUGGACGGCUUCUUUGAUUCUCACCCUACCCAUGAUUAUUGGUGUCCAGCUAAUGACACAGAGCUCCAAGCCCAUGUGUCAACCCACACUGAGCCCACUGUCUUAUAAAAUCUACAUUUCGUUUCUCUUUGGCACCAGCAUCGUGGCUCCAGGGGUGAUAAUCGGUUACCUGUACAUACGCCUGGCAAGGACCUACUGGAUCUCCCAGACGGAGACGUUCAAGCAGACCAAAAAGCUCCCAAACCAGAAGGUUCUGUAUAUGAUAUUCACUAUCGUGCUCCUCUUCUGGGCCUGCUUCCUGCCUUUUUGGAUCUGGCAGCUUCUAGGUCAGUUCCAGCCCGAGCUGACUCUCUCAACUAAGGCCAAACGCAACAUUAACUAUCUGACCACCUGUCUGACCUAUAGCAACAGUUGUAUCAAUCCGUUCCUCUACACCCUGCUCACUAAGAACUACAAGGAGUAUCUCAAAAAGAGACAGAGGACUUGGACGGCCGGCAGUUACCUUAACCGCAGAAACCGCUUUCAGCGCUCACCCCGUCGUUCCCUGUCCGCCAGCAGUCAGCAGUGCACAGAAAGCUUUGUGCUUGCGCAAACGUCCUGCACCAAUAACAGCAGCCUUUGAGACAGGUACCCCAGCUGUCACUGGGGCUGUACCCACACUGAAAAAACAAACUUUUUGGUGUAGUAAUAUAUAUUAGAUUGACUCUAAUAAUUUCUACAUAAUAAUAUAAACAUUUAUUGAGAACUAGAUAUUCCUAAGUAAAAUGAUGAUAAAUACACAAUUAAUUCAUGUAGAGAAUGAACUAUGUGGGAAUAGUACAGUAAGUCGUAUUAGAUAUUUCCUUGUAUUAUUUAACUGUUUUAUAGUCACUGCACAUUGUCCUAAAAUAAUUAAGUACAUUUUAAUCAAAAUCUUUAGCAGAUUCAAUAAAAAAAUCUUAGUUAAUUUAACUUAAGAAUAUUAAAUCCAUUAAACAAAAAAAAAAAAUCAAGUAAAAUUAACUUAAAUUCAUUUGCACAUGUUGUAAGGAAUACCCACAAUCCUUUGUGCCUGAAUAUUUAUUUUUUAAGCUUUAUCACAGAAUAAGAACUGAUAAGAAUUUAAGUACUUAAAUAUUUGUUAAUAAAAUGUCAUAAAGGUUUAAGCUCUUAUAUUAUUCAUGUUGUUUUGUUGUAAAUGAUUUCAUGAACCCUGUUUAGAACAUUAUAUUGUUUUUCUCGUCACAGUGCUGACAAUGCAUGUCAAAAACGCAGUUUGUGUGCGUUUCGGUUCAGAAUCAAGUUUUGUGUUAUAACGCCAUUUAUAAUAUUAAAAAUAACUAAGUCCAUAGAACUAUAUGUUAAAAAAAUAACAAACAGUAAAUAUGAUUUAUUUAAUAUUUUUAGGACAGCAAUGCUUCAAAAAAAAAAAAAACUAAUAGACUUUACCUAAACGAUUAAAAUAAAUCUAGUUUUUUAAAAAAAAUAAUGAAGUAACAUUUACUUAAUUAUUUAAAAUAUGUUUUUCAUGCAUUAUUAAGUAGAUUUUAUUUGAUUUUAGUAGGUAAGUUGUACUUAAAAAAGCAGUAAAUUUGACUUUAAAAAAUCCUCGUAACAAUUUGCACAAACUAUUUUUAACUUUUGUUUUUUUUCAGUGCAGGGACGUGCACAGGAAUUUUGAAUAAAAUAAUUAAUGUGAUGCAUUACUUCCAUCAUUAAUUAAUUCUUGCUAAAACGAAAUGUGAAAAACUAAUGUGAGAAACAGCAGACAUGUAGCUUAGUUUGCCUAAUCCCUACCAAAAAAAGUAGCCUAGGCUAGGCUUUUUUGCUUUUUUAACCUUGGAAGGGCAACGUGAGUCAAGAACGGCAUAUGGUGAGUUGCCCGGGGAACCUGAGCAACCCCCCUUUGCAGGUCCCUGGCUGUACCCUUACAAAAGUUAUAGCUAUCUCCCUAAAGAGUACAUAUUAGUAGUCUACCUCUGAAGUACUGUACAUACUGGUACCAAAGAAAGCUUAUUAGUAUCUCAUAUAUAAACAUAUUUGUAUCUAAUAAGUACAAAUCUCAGGUUGUGACUGAGAUGCUCUUGAGCAAGAUACCUUAACCCAAUGAGGAACCCCUUUCUUAAAAUAUAUAUAGCAUAUAUUUUAUGUACAGUAUAACAAAACUGUGUAAGAUAUGUGAAAUUAUAAAGACAAGAAGCAUGCAUCUAUUGACAAUCCAUAGUUUUGUCAAUCUAAAUUCCCUCCCAAAGGUCCUGAUGCAUAAUGUACUGUAUUGCCAAUGCCUCAAGGUCCACAUAUGCUUCUUUUUAUUACUAAACAAUUGUUGGACAGUGCUUUAAUUAGCCCUUUAUUAUCUCCACUGGUUUCUUCAAUGUUUGCAAUUCGCAGAUGUGCUGUGAAUGUGAAGAACCUGGAUGCUAUUUCCCCAUCCUUGGUAAUUAUUUUAAGCACCAGCAGUGCAAAUAAAUCUUUAGGUUUUUGAGUUUAAAAUCAGGUCUAAAGCAUUUUAAUUGCACAGAUGUUAAUGUCCUGGUCUAAUUACCGUAGGAUUUCUUUUGAAAUGUCAAUAUAUCUUUAUAUCAUUCUCUGUAUCAUCACUCAUAUAAAAGCAUAAAGCUGUCUGAUAAUAACUGAUCAUGACUGAGUUGUCCUGUUUUCCCCAUCUCCUCCGAGAAUUAAAAGCCCUGGCAUCUGAAUAAAUCACCUGCAGUCUUAUGGUCACAUGUUCCAAUUAGCUAGUAUAUUUCAUCUGUGUGCCCCUAAGAUAUGCCAUGGAGGAAUCACUAAUGGAAAAAGUUUACAGAGCGAUGGCUAUUUCAGGCAGGCAUUACUUUAAAAGGAUACCAAGCACCCAACAGGAAAUUCAAGUCAUGGAGUCUUUUACAGAAAAAUAACACAUAAGUUUCGAAUUUACAUACAAUUCACAUGAAAAUGUUUCAAAUGUCAUCUUGUGUUUUUCCACUUCAAUCUCAUGUGGCUUUCUGUUAAAUCGAAGCUU